GACUGGUAUAAAAAGGACCGGCUGAAAGUAAGUGACUCGCAUUCGGCAGGAAAGGAAAGCGUAAAAAGACGACUAUGGAGAAAGCAACAAAGUUUGUCCUCUCCGUGUUCCUCGUCGUCAUGACAACGAGCUGCACUCAGGGUCAAAUGGUCACGGCGUGCACUUCCUGCACAAGUGGAUCCAGCCCGAGCCCGGUCACCCAACAUCAUGAUGCUUCCAGCACAAAUCCGGUCAUCACAUCCAGGACCUCAUCCACCGCUGCGAACGACAACAGUGGUGAUGCAUCCACCUCGGGGUCUCCGAAUCCCCCAUCCUCCGCCUCGGUGUCCGCCCCCACCGCGUCAGGUCGACCCGCCGUGUCUCCCAGGAUCACUCCGAGCCCUGGGGGGACCCCGUCCACUUCUAAGCCGUCCCCGAGUGGGACUAACUCUCCCGGAGCAACAACAUUAAAAGCGGGGUCGCGUUGUUUGUUUUGGUCCUGCGGUCCAAUGCUGCUGUCUGUCAUUUCAACUCUCAUCUGGAAUGCAUAAACCACCUUAACUGCGAGGGAAGGGAUUCAUAUGGACCUCAGUCCUGGAGGGAUCUCGCGUAAUGCUGAAAAUGAUAGAAAGUGCCAUUCUAUAUACAGUGGGGCAAAAAAGUAUUUAGUCAGCCAGCGAUUGUGCAAGUUCUCCCACUUCAAAUGAUGACAGAGGUCUGUAAUUUUCAUCAUAGGUACACUUCAACUGUGAGGGACAGAAUGUGAAAAAAAAAUUCACAUUGUAGGAAUUUUAAAGAAUUUAUUUGUAAAUUAUGCUGGAAAAUAAGUAUUCAAAGCUCUCACUGAUGGAAGGAGGUUUUGGCUCAAAAUCUCAGGAUACAUGGCCCCAUUCAUUCUUUCCUUAACACGGAUCAAUCGUCCUGUCCCCUUAGCAGAAAAACAGCCCCAAAGCAUGAUGUUUCCACCCCCAUGCUUCACAGUAGGUAUGGUGUUCUUGGAAUGCAACUCAGUAUUCUUCUUCCUCUAAACACGAUGAGUUGAGUUUAUACCCAAAAGUUCUAUUUUGGUCUGACCACAUGACAUUCUCCCAAUCCUCUGCUGUAUCAUCCAUGUAUCCAUUUUGGUAUAAACUCAACUCGUCGUGUUUGGAGGAAGAAGAAUACUGAGUUGCAUCCCAAGAACACCACACCUACUGUGAAGCAUGGGGGUGGAAACAUCAUGCUUUGGGGCUGUUUUUCUGCUAAGGGGACAGGACGAUUGAUCCAUGUUAAGGAAAGAAUGAAUGGGGCCAUGUAUCGUGAGAUUUGGAGCCAUCAGUGAGAGCUUUGAAUGGUUGACCAAAUACUUAUUUUCCACCAUCAUUUACAAAUAAAUUCUUAAAAAUUCCUACAAUGUGAAUUCCUGGAUUUCCUUUCCACAUUCUGUCUCUCACAGUUGAAGUGUACCUAUGAUGAAAAUGACAGACCUCUGUCAUCAUUUGAAGUGGGAGAACUUGCACAAUCUGUGGCUGACUAAAUACUUUUUUGCCCCACUGUACGUAGCAACUGACACUGUGGAAUUUUCACAAAAAACACUACUGCCUUCUGGCGGCACAAGUGGAUAGUUCACCUCCCCCGAUUCGUCACGUUUCAUGUGUCAGGUAAACCGUGACGAAUGGGGCCAUAUGAAUCCCCUUCCUACUGUAUGAUCUUAUCGUGAAAAAUAUUAUUUAUUAAGUAAAAGGUUACUUUCCGAUUGAAAUAUAUGGCAGGACUUCUCUGGUGGCAAAUUAACUGAUCAUUUUUGCAUUAUUGUUGACGAAAAAAAACAAUGUUGAUUUAAUAAAAUGUAUUCCAGUCCAUAUAAUAUUCAUGUAGAUGUUAUCCUGAUCAUCACCAGGUGUUUAUGAGUGUGGUAAUUUUAACACAGGUGUGGCACGUUUUUUUUUUUAAAUAUUGGAGUUUCAAGCAAUUUCACAAUAAAACGUUGUGUUUUGUGUU